AUCUCCGUAUACAGGGGAGGCAGUAGCAUGAAUGACAUCUCCCGUGGCCAACGACCUUCAAGGAAGAAUUGACCUCUCUCAGCCUCAAGAAAACCAUUCAAAUGCUGCAUCCAGAACAAAUUCUGCUGGGCCUAGAGUUGGAGAGAUCACUCUACCCAAUGGCGACAUCUAUUACGGCACACUAUCCAGGGAAAUGCAAAUACCCGAGGGCACAGGGCGGUACAUCUGGUCCGGGAGCAGCUGCGUGUACGAGGGCGAGUGGAGGAGAGGAAUGAGGCAUGGCCAAGGAAAAACUCUAUGGCCAUCGGGAGCAACCUACGAAGGUGAAUACUCUGCCGGAUACAUGGACGGUGAAGGAACGUAUGUCAGCCCCGAUGGCGCCUCUUCUUAUAAGGGACAGUGGAAGCUGAACCGCAAGCACGGCCUCGGUCUUCAGACGUACCCCAGCGGAGACAUGUACCAAGGUUCCUGGAUUCAGGGGCAGAUGGAAGGCCAUGGCAGGUAUACAUGGGCUAAUGGCAACAGUUACGUUGGCACCAUGAGAAAUGGGCUCAUGUCUGGCAAGGGGGUCCUUACAUGGAACACCGGGGAGUCGUUCCAGGGGAACUGGCUUGACGGCAUGAUGCACGGGUACGGGCUGUAUACGUGGGAGGACAGUGGAUACUAUCUUGGAACCUGGACCAGGGGAUUCAAGGAUGGAAGUGGCACAUUCUAUCCUAAACAUUGCAGAGUUCCCACGGCUCACAUGCUCUACAUUGAUGAUUUGAGGAAGAGAGGUGUGCUUCCUGACAUCUCAGCUAUCCUUCAGCAAUCCUCUUCCUUCAACACUAAGGCCGACGCGGAUCAAGAGUCUGCGGAUGCUAGUUUGCCCAGUAGAAACUUGAGUUUCGGGAGACCGCCUUCGAAGAAGCCGUCUUUACAGAGACGCUGGAGUAUCGGAGUGGCUAUCGAAAAAAUCAUCGGCCGUGAAUCUGGUGCAGGUUCUGAAACACAAGAAGAUAUGGCUGGUUCUGAGUUCCCUAUACUCGAAAGGGUGUAUGCGCAGGGCGUUCUUAUCAGCGAAGUUGUGCUGAAUAAGAGCUCCUCGGAUUCAUCCAAGAAAUUGAAACGUCGCCAAAGCAAGAUGACGAAGGAUAUCAAAAGGCCUGGAGAGGCAAUCAUUAAAGGACACAGGAGCUAUGAUCUAAUGCUUUGUCUGCAGCUUGGAAUCAGGUACACGGUUGGAAAGAUUACGCCGAUUCAGAGGCGUGAAGUGCGAGCUUCUGAUUAUGGCCCCAAUGCAAGUUUCUGGAUGAACUUCCCCAAAAAAGGAUCACGACUAACUCCUGCACAUCGUGCUGUUGAUUUUAAGUGGAAGGACUAUUGUCCAAUGGUUUUCAGAAAUUUGAGGGAGAUGUUCAAGAUUGAUACAGCCGAUUAUAUGAUGUCAAUUUGUGGAAGUGAUGCUCUUAGGGAGUUAUCUUCACCUGGGAAAAGUGGAAGUAUCUUUCUCUUAUCACAAGAUGACCGGUUUAUGAUCAAGACCCUUCGAAAAUCAGAAGUGCAGGUUCUUUUGCGUAUGCUUCCAGACUAUUAUCGGCAUGUCCAUACUCAUGAGAACACACUCGUAACCAAAUUUUUUGGCCUCCAUAGGGUGAAACCUUCAAGUGGUCAAAAGUUUCGAUUUGUAGUGAUGGGAAACAUGUUCUACACAGCACUUAGAAUUCAUCGAAGAUUUGAUUUGAAAGGUUCAUCUUUGGGUCGUUCUACCGACAAAAUUAAAAUUGAUGAGAACACGACUCUGAAAGACUUGGAUCUGAACUACUCAUUUUAUCUUGAGCCUUCAUGGCGGGAUGCUUUGCUUAAACAGAUUGAGACCGACAGCGAAUUUCUAAAGAAGCAGGGUAUAAUGGAUUACAGUUUACUUCUUGGUUUCCAUUACCGGGCUCGUCAAAACCUACAAAGACGAGCAUCAUUUCAUGAAGGCAUUUUGGCGGAUAAACUAGCUGUUCUUUCAGAAGAAGAUGCAGUGGAGGAGGAUUCCACUUAUAACUACCAAGAAGGACUGGUUUUGGUACAGAGGGGUAACGACCAAAAGAGUAAAGUCGACGUUGGCCCUCACAUAAGGGGAAGCCGCCUGCGUUCGUCGUCUGCUUGUUUUGAGGAAGUAGAUCUCUUGCUUCCAGGCACAGCAAGGCUUCAGAUUCAGCUAGGGGUGAAUAUGCCCGCGAGAGCGGAAAAAGAAGAAAAGCAAGAAGAUGGCGACAAAUCGUUCCGUCGGGUGUAUGAUGUGGUGCUGUACAUAGGGAUCAUUGAUAUUCUGCAGGAGUACAGCAUGAGGAAGAAGAUUGAACAUGCAUACAAGUCCAUCAAGUAUAACCCCUUGUCAAUAUCUGUUGUCGAACCUCGAUUCUACUCGGAGCGCUUCCUCAAAUUCAUUCACACCGUCUUCCCUCAGAACUCGUCCAACUGACAAUUCAUCUGUCUUUCCUCCUCCUCCCAGGCAAAAAGAUGUAGAGUAAAAAAAUUUCCAAGGAAUGUGUUCUGCUGUAAUGUGUAUGGCAAGAAUAAUGUAGAUAAAUUCAAGGAAAUGCAUUUGUUGUGUUGCUAUAAAGAUAUGCCACGUGUCUGUGAACCAAUCCACACAUUUGUCA